AUGUAUGUAGACGAUUUUAUUAGCAGUUUUCCAAAUGUUUCUGAAGCUAUAGUUACACACACUCAGUUAGUGAAUUUGUUUCAAAAAGGUGGUUUUAAAUUAACCAAAUGGAUGUCGAACUCGAACGAUCUACUAUCGACAAUCCCCGAACCCCUUCAAUUGGUCAAAACCAAACAAUUUGAUAAGUCAGUCUCCAAAGUGUUAGGAUUGCAAUGGGAAGAAAAAUGUGACAAUUUUAGUUUUGGGUUAGAAAUACCCUCAUCGACCCGUUGUACAAAAAGAAACAUGCUCUCACUUGUUGCUCGUAUGUUUGAUCCCUUGGGAUUCCUAUCUCCUAUAACCCUCUUGCUUAAAAUUUGGAUAAAGAAACUUUGGACUCUAAAGGUAGAUUGGGAUAGUACCGUACCAAAAGAAAUCGAAAUAGCAUGGGAAAAGUUUCAAAAUGAAUUUCAUGUCCUAUACAAAAUACAAAUUCCACGCCAUAUAGCAGUUACACCUAAUUCGUCGUUGUCUUUUGUAGGAUUUUCAGACGCAAGUGCUGCUGGAUACGCAGCCAUUGUUUAUUCCAGGGUUGUUAAUUGUACAGGUCAAGUUAAAGUUACUUUACUGUACUCUCAAUCUAAAGUAUCUCCAAUGUCUAAAAUAACUCUUCCUCGAUUAGAGCUUUGUGGAGCGCUUCUUCUCUCAAAGCUUCUUUCACAUGCUAUUGAAACUUAUUCUCCUAGACAUAAUAUUGAUAAAAUUUUUGCCUUAAGUGAUUCCAUGAUUGUAUUAAAUUGGAUAAAGUCCUCAGAGAAAAAUCUCAAAAUAUUUGUUCAAAAUAGAGUUGUUACAAUUCAUAAGAUGGUUCCGUCAGAGUAUUGGUUUUUUGUUCCUGGAAAGGAAAAUGUUGUUGAUUGCGCCUCUCGAGGUUUGUUUCCUUCUUCGUUAGUCAACCAUUCCACAUGGUUUACUGGUCCAAAUUGGUUACUGUUGGAGCCAGAAUAUUGGCCUAUUCAGUCUGUCAACGGACAGGAAAUUAUGAUUUGUGAUUCUGAAUAUAGAUCACAAACCUUCUUUGAUGAACUUAGAAAAAUGAUUGAUGACACGGCUUUAAAAAAAUUUGAAAUUCCUAAAUUUCCUUGUCAUUUGCAAGCAGUGGAAAGAUAUGUCAAACUAGAGACAGAUGCAUCAUUAUGGGUUUGUGGAGCUGAAGCAAGAGAUGAAUUCAGAAGAAAUCGAGUUUUGUCAAGAAAAGUAUUACCUAAGUUUGAAACAAAAUCCGAUUGUUUUCAAACUUUACAGUAA